AUGUAAUAAAAUCAUAAACCUCUGCUUAUUAUUGAUUCCAGAUACACACUCUAUGACAUGAGACAAAAAAAAGUAUAUAAAUAUAAUACUGUCCUUUAAAAAUCAUUCCUGUUACUAUAAACACAUUUUUAAAUAUAAGUAAUAUUUUGUCACACUAAACCUAAUACUAAUGAUUUUUUUUACAAUGAAUUUCAAAGAAAUUUUUAGGGAAUCGACUCUAAAAAACUAUCAAUCCAAGAAUUAAAAGAGAUUUCAUUUUAGAAUUUAGAAUUAAUUGUAAUAACUCAUAAUUAUGAAUAAUUCACUCUCAAUUAGAAUUAUCAAUUAUACUAUUUCUCUAGUAUCUCAUAACAAUUAGAUAAAAAAAGAGAAUUAGAACUCAAAUAUUAUUAACAAAAUCCUAAACCAAAAUUUCACAUAUCUCACAUUCUUUAAGUCAUGUCAUAUUUUUCAAAGUCUGAAAAUCCUUUUUGUGUUGGAUAUUAUUUUUACCCUAAAAAGUUUAAUGAAUUGAUUCAAUUUUAAACAUUAAUAAGCAACAAUCAUUUUACUUACCUUCCUAUAGAUUUUAGAUUUGUUAAUAAAUAUAUAGAAAUUGAUUUAUUGUUUCAUAAAAUUAUGGAUAUCUACAAGAAUAAGGAAAUAAACAUGAAAUAAAAUGAGGUUUAAUUAUUCUAAUAAAACUAUGACAAAUUUAUAUAAGAAAAUGCCUAAUUACCUGUAAUCGACUCAAUUGAAUGCCUACAGACAUUAAUCUAGAGAGAUGAACUAAAUACAAAAUUAGAAUCUAUCUUAGCUAGUCCUGAAUUCUAAAAUGUCGUUAAGGAGCAUCACAUUAAAAUUAUGACUCCACGAUAAAUAGUUUUUAACAAUAUUGAUUAAGUAUAAGAUUUAUCAAAUUUGGAAUACCCACUUAUUGUUAAAACUAAAUAAGGAGCAUUGACUGCUAAUUGCCAUAUUAUGGCUAUAGUUGUUAAUGAAAAAGGACUCAAGGAGUUGUUUAAACAACAAUAAUUUAAGUAUGAGAUUAUUUUUAGAUUAGAGGAGAAUUAAUCUUGUAGUAAAUUAUUAACCAUAACAGCAUUAUAUACAAAAUAUAUCAACUAGGGAGUAAAGUGAUAGUACAAAAACGUAAGUCUAUACCGAAUAUCGAAAUUAAUAAUUUCAAAUUUGAAGAAGUAACAAAUAUAUUUAUAUUCUUUAGGGUUUCUAUGUUUUUGACACACAAAAAGACUUAUUUAAAAAUGUUUCAGAGUGUCUCAAAUAAGUUGAUGAAGGAAUUCAUGAAUGCUCAAACGAAGCUUAAUUGUAAAAGUAAAUGGAAUUAUUAUCUUCAAUAAUAUCAAAGGAAUUUAAACUACAUCUAUUUGGAUUUGAUAUAAUAGGAAUGAAUUAGGAAUUUUAUAUCAUUGAUAUUAAUCAUUUUCCAGGAUAUAAAAAUGUAUGAAUAGUUCACUACUAUUUUAGGUUGAAAAUGCUAUAGAACUUUUUGAAUAGUUAUUUAUAUAAGUAUCAAAAAAAUGAGGAUCCGAUCAUAAAAUGAUNUUCAAAGUCUGAAAAUCCUUUUUGUGUUGGAUAUUAUUUUUACCCUAAAAAGUUUAAUGAAUUGAUUCAAUUUUAAACAUUAAUAAGCAACAAUCAUUUUACUUACCUUCCUAUAGAUUUUAGAUUUGUUAAUAAAUAUAUAGAAAUUGAUUUAUUGUUUCAUAAAAUUAUGGAUAUCUACAAGAAUAAGGAAAUAAACAUGAAAUAAAAUGAGGUUUAAUUAUUCUAAUAAAACUAUGACAAAUUUAUAUAAGAAAAUGCCUAAUUACCUGUAAUCGACUCAAUUGAAUGCCUACAGACAUUAAUCUAGAGAGAUGAACUAAAUACAAAAUUAGAAUCUAUCUUAGCUAGUCCUGAAUUCUAAAAUGUCGUUAAGGAGCAUCACAUUAAAAUUAUGACUCCACGAUAAAUAGUUUUUAACAAUAUUGAUUAAGUAUAAGAUUUAUCAAAUUUGGAAUACCCACUUAUUGUUAAAACUAAAUAAGGAGCAUUGACUGCUAAUUGCCAUAUUAUGGCUAUAGUUGUUAAUGAAAAAGGACUCAAGGAGUUGUUUAAACAACAAUAAUUUAAGUAUGAGAUUAUUUUUAGAUUAGAGGAGAAUUAAUCUUGUAGUAAAUUAUUAACCAUAACAGCAUUAUAUACAAAAUAUAUCAACUAGGGAGUAAAGUGAUAGUACAAAAACGUAAGUCUAUACCGAAUAUCGAAAUUAAUAAUUUCAAAUUUGAAGAAGUAACAAAUAUAUUUAUAUUCUUUAGGGUUUCUAUGUUUUUGACACACAAAAAGACUUAUUUAAAAAUGUUUCAGAGUGUCUCAAAUAAGUUGAUGAAGGAAUUCAUGAAUGCUCAAACGAAGCUUAAUUGUAAAAGUAAAUGGAAUUAUUAUCUUCAAUAAUAUCAAAGGAAUUUAAACUACAUCUAUUUGGAUUUGAUAUAAUAGGAAUGAAUUAGGAAUUUUAUAUCAUUGAUAUUAAUCAUUUUCCAGGAUAUAAAAAUGUAUGAAUAGUUCACUACUAUUUUAGGUUGAAAAUGCUAUAGAACUUUUUGAAUAGUUAUUUAUAUAAGUAUCAAAAAAAUGAG